ACUCAACAGAACCCUGUAGGUAAUGUGAAGGGGAAUGUAUCGGGCUGCAAACGUGAUUAAUUUAGGAAAUUGUAACACCCACUUACUGCACAUCUUAUUCAUGUGUGGGUCAGAGGCACCAACCCUGAGCUGUUAACCAUCAGAUGUGGGAGGCUGAAGCAGCAGUGCAACCAGGGUGGCCUAAAGCGGAUCCAGAAGGCGGGGUCUCCCUGGAUAGGGAUACUACAAGUGGGUCAAAGUUUUCUACCCAGAUCUUACAGAGCCUGAUACUAUGGAAACCCAUCCCACAAGCAUGGAGGAAACUGAGAAAUCUCUUCAAUCCCAGACCAUUCACACAAGUCACACUACCAGUAUCUUGUGCAUUAGCUCCAGGAGUGAGUCUGUCUGGAUCAAUGCAUCUAGGAAUAAGUGGGAUGUGUAUCACAAGCCCAUUAUUGUAAUGUCUGUUGGAGCAGCUAUUUUCCUUUUUGGUAUGGUAAUCACCAGCUUGUCCUGCAUUGGAAAUGAAAAUCAAAGCAUUUACAAAAUGUGUGGCCCAGCUUUCCUUUCUCUGGGACUAAUGCUUCUAGUAUGUGGCUUAGUCUGGAUCCCUAUCAUUCGGAAGAAACAGAGACAGAGACAGAAGUCACGGUUCCUACAGAGCCUCAAGUCUUUCUUCUCCACCCGCUGAGGACAGUUGAGGUGCAGCAUUUACAGGAAGAAGAAAUGCUUAGCAAAUCCUUUCUUCCCAUUUGGAUUAGCCAUGAGAAUAAAUUAUGGUCUAGUCCUA